AAUAACGAUUGGGAAGAUAAGUUUUCGAGGGACUAUAUAUAAUCUGACAGAGAUGAGUUCCUCCUCAGAGGACGAUAGCCACAUGAUUGUGAAGGAAGAGGACAUAGGGGAUGACAUGGACCUCUGGGAGUCUCAGCCGCGGAGGUCGGCCUUUUCACCCUACAGGCCAGUAACUGUUCUGACAAACUUGCAACGAGGCAACAUUCAAACUCACACCCCCCAGGUGGAGCCUGAGGACUUUACCCUCCACAUCCGCUCAGCAAUGGGGGAGCUUUCAGCAGAUGACUUAAGAGAUGUGGAUGUAGAUGAAGUGGAUGGCAAUGGCUUCUCCCCAAUCAUGUGGGCAGCAUCGUACGGGCAGCUCCCUACUGUCAGGCUCCUCAUUCAGAACAGGGCCAAAGUUGACAUGGAGGGGGAAGAUGGAGAAACUGCCCUGCUUCUCUCAUCUGCCAAUGGUCACCAUGAGAUUGUCAAGCUCCUAAUCAGCUGUGGAGCCAAUCCAAAUCAUGUUGAUCAUAUGGGAAACACUGCACUCAUGUAUGCUGCUCAUAAUGACCACUCACACUGUGCUAAUGAGCUGCUUGAACAUGGGGCAGAUUUAUCAACAACUAAUGUCGCUGGUAUCACUGCUUUCCACAUUGCUGUCACUCGGGGUAGCAAGCAAGUUCAGCUCAUCAUGGAAAGGCAGUUGCUGAAACUCGUGGAACCUUCUUGAGUGUUUUUGCAUGACAGAUAUUUUUUUAAUGUUAGCCCAAGAGGACUUUUGAUUGCCAUGAGACCUGGCAGUCAUACAGUAUGAUUUUUGUUCUCUCUCUCUCUCUCUGUUCUCUCUCUCUCUCUCUCUCUCUCUCUCUCUCUCUCUCUCUCUCUCUCUCUCUCUCUCUCUCUCUCUCU